CUCCCUUCCUUCUCACCUCUCUCUCUCUUUCUCUUUCUCCCUUCUCUCACUCGACUAUCUGAGCACUCAGCGCAACUUAGCAAAUUAAAGGAACAGCGAAAAGCCACCGGCGACAGUAAUGGAUUCGUGCACCGUGAGAAGGCCUGCUUUCUUUGAAGACGACGACGGUCUGGCCUCGAUUGUGAACAUGGAAGCUGGGUUCUCGGGAAGUCACCCUCCCGUCACGUGUUACGGCGUUUCUAAGCGGAGAGGUAGUUACAGGGCUCUUUCCUCUUAUUCGUGUUCUUCCCCGAGAUCGGGGAGGUUUUAUGACGCCAGGUGCGAAGAGCACCAUUUCCUCGAAGCUUGUUUUCUAUGCAAGAAACCACUCGGAGAUAAUAGAGACAUCUUCAUGUACAGGGGUGACACGCCAUUCUGUAGCGAAGAGUGCAGGCAAGAACAGAUAGAGAUCGAUGAGGCAAGAGAGAAGAACUGGAACCAUUCUUCUUCUAUGAAGAUCCUCAGAAAGGAUCAAAAGAAAUCCUCAACAAACAAGACCCAGAAUUACCCUGUGCGGACUGGCACCGUUGCUGCUGCUUAAAAUCCUAGUUAUGAAUACUACGGCUUCUCUGAGAAAGAGAAAAGGGGCUGAACGAGAGAGAAAGAGGAGGCCCCAUUUUUUGAGAUAUAUCUUUCCUUUUUUUUUUCGUUUUCUGGUAUAUAUUUGUGAAUGUUUAUAAGAGGACUGUGGUGGGUUUGUAUGGUGUAAGAUGUAAUGGCCUUUUUUUUAAUCUUUUGGGCGGAAAUUUUCAAGAGAAAGAAAGGAUCAAGGAAGGUUCCUCUGUGAUUCCUGUUUACUUU